AUGGAACUUCCUAAAAUUGAAUUAAUAAUAUCUUUCGAUAGAGCAAAUAGUACUUAUAAACCAAACGAAUUUGUAACAGGAAAACUAAAAAUAGAAAACAAAAAUGAAGGUAUUUUUUAAAGAUUUGAAUCAUAUGGAAUUGUAUUAAAGGCCGAGGAUCGUGAAAAUAGUGAAUUUUAAUUUAAAUUUAAAUUAUAAGCAGAAGAAGGAGAAAAAUUAAUUGAAACAUAUAUAGGUGUAUAUGUUAUAGUCGGAUAUAUAGCAAAGGUAGAAUUAAAACUUCCAAAUUAAUAAUCAAUAUCUGAAAGUCAAGCUUUUUAUGUCCAAAUAAAUUCUUCAGGGAGAGAUAUGAUUCAUACGAAUAAAUUCCCAAAUCCCUAAUAAAUAAAAAUUAAUCCAGAAAAAUUAAAAUAAGGAAGCCUUUAGAAUAUGCCAACUAUUAAAUUAGCUGGAUAUAUAGAUUCAGAUGUUUGCUUAAUAAAUAAUGAUUUUACAGGAUAAUUUUGUUUAGAAGAAUGUGAAGGUAAAGUUCGAAGUAUAGAAUUAUAAUUAAUAAGGGUAGAAAAAGUAUAAAAUGAUAAAGGAAGCUUUUAAGAAGCAACUGAAAUUUAACUUAUUUAAAUUUGUGAAGGAAAUAUUACUAGAUAAUUAGAUAUUCCUUUUUAUAUGAUGUUCCCUAAAUAUUUUUCUUGUCCAAAUUUCACAUGGAGGGAAUACACUGUAGAAUUUGAAGUUAAUUUCAUUGUUAUUCUACUAGAUGGAUUUAAAAUCACUCUAAAUUAUCCUAUAAAAUUAAUAAGAAAUUGA